AUGGUCUACCCCGACUGUACCGAAUCUAUCCUCGCUGAAACAGCGGCGUGUGAUACCGAAGCCAGCCCUUCUAAAAGGGCCGCAGCAGUGGUAAAAGCCCUAAACAUCACUGAAAAAUUGAAACUCUUAGUCGAUGCAACUCCAGGAGCCCCUAGAAUCGGUCUUCCCCCAUACGAAUGGUGGUCCGAAGGACUCCACGGCGUCGGUGGCUCAGCUGGUGUUUUCUGGACUCAAAAUGGGUCAUAUUCGUAUGCGACUUCAUUCGCAAUGCCCAUUUUGCUAUCCGCCGCUUUUGACGAUGAUCUUGUCGAGAAAGUUGCAGAGCAAAUCAGCACUGAAGCUAGGGCUUUUAGUAACGGUGGCCAUGGCGGUCUGGAUUUCUGGACGCCAAAUAUUAACCCCUACAAAGAUCCAAGAUGGGGUCGGGGUUCUGAAACACCUGGCGAAGACCCUUUCCGCAUUAAGGGUUAUGUCAAGUCAUUCGUUCGGGGUCUUGAGGGUAACGACGAAAAGAUCCGAAAAGUGAUUGCUACAUGCAAGCAUUUAGCGGCCUACGAUCUUGAAGCCUGGGGCGAUGUUGAUCGAUACAAUUUCAGCGCGAUCGUUGGGCUUCAGGACCUUUCUGAGUAUUAUCUUCCUCCUUUCCAGGAAUGUGCAAGAUCAAAUGUCGGCUCUAUUAUGUGCUCUUAUAAUUCCGUCAACGGCACUCCAGCAUGUGCAAACUCAUACUUGAUGAACGAUAUUUUGCGUGAACACUGGGGUUGGACACAAGACAACAACUAUAUCACUAGCGACUGCGGUGCUAUAGAGAACAUCUGGGCCAACCACUUCUACGCUAGUGACAAGCCACACGCAGCGGCAAUAGCAUACGAACGCGGGACCGAUACUGUCUGUGAACUUGGAUAUGUCACAAAUGUAACCGGGGCAUACGACGAAGGGCUCCUCUCAGAACAGACCAUUGACAAAGCCUUAGCGCGAUUGUUCGAAGGUCUCGUCCGAGUUGGCUAUUUUGACCCUGCCACUGCAUCUUCGUACCGCGAUAUCAACUUCUCUGAAGUCAGUACUCCUUCGGCACUGGUCUUAGCUUUGCAGUCAGCCCAGGGCUCAAUGGUCCUAAAGAAAAAUGACGGAAUACUACCUUUAAACCUUCAAAACAGGAGCGUUGCGGUUAUCGGAAUGUGGGCCAACGCACCAGCGAGUAUGUUGGGUGGUUACAGUGGAUAUCCCCUGUGGUACCAUAAUCCCUUAUACGCAGCUGAACAACUUGGUAUUAAAGUAUACUAUGCGGAUGGGCCUAUCGCUCCCAAUUCCUCAACUUCUGACAAUUGGACUACCUCUGCCGUUGCCGCUGCAAGAAAAGCUGACGUGGUUGUGUACUGUGGUGGUAUCGACAAUAGCGUCGAGGCCGAAGAACUCGACCGCUACAGUAUCGCCUGGCCUGAUGCUCAACUCGCCCUAAUUGAAAAGUUAGGUGCUUUGAAUAAGCCCUUAGUUGUAGCGCAGUUAGGGGAUCAGCUGGACGACACCCCGCUACUCGACAACAACAAGAUCUCCGCCAUUCUCUGGGGUGGGUUUCCAGGCCAGGAUGGCGGCACAGCUCUCUUCAACAUCAUCACCGGAAAAAGUGCACCUGCUGGUCGGCUUCCCGUAACACAAUACCCGGCUUCAUAUGUGGACUCUGUUCCUAUGACGGAUACGACAUUGCGCCCAAGCUCCAAUAACCCGGGACGCACAUACAGAUGGUAUGAUAAAGCUGUAUUACCUUUUGGAUACGGCUUACAUUAUACCAAGUUCGUGGCUAGCUUCCAGGACAAUGAUGCCUUGGGUUCGUAUGACAUUGCAGAACUUAUCAAGACGUGCAACACCACGAAUGUCGCCUACCCAGAUCUCUGCGAAUUUUCUUCCGUGGAUAUUAAGAUAACUAAUGCGGGAAAUACCACCUCUGACUUCGUCGCUCUAGCGUUCCUAACAGGCGAGUAUGGCCCGCGCCCUUAUCCCUUGAAGACCCUAGCUGCUUACACGCGUUUGCGUGAUAUUAAACCCGGACAAGGGGCUGAGGCUUCAUUGAAACUCACUCUUGGGAGCUUAUCCCGAGUAGACGAAAGUGGAAAUAUGGUAUUAUACCCUGGGGAUUAUGAACUCCUUCUCGAUGUUCCUACACAGAGCACGAUUAAAUUCACUCUAAGUGGUGAUGCUGUUGUGUUGGAUGAGUUCCCCCAACCGCGGGUUUAA